UGUUAGCACAGAGUUAAUUGUUAUAUUUCAAAAUCGAUUAUUUUUCGAAUUCUAUUUUUAUUGUUUUGAAACUUGAAAUCUAAUUGAAAUGGCCCUAAGAACAAAUGUUAGGCCAGUGCAGCCUACUGCACCUGCAGAUCAUGGAUUCUUUGGAGUACCGUAUUUCAAGGCACAUCUUAUGAUGGAUCAGCGCUGGGAACCUAGCUCUCUAACGAAUCAAUUUAAGUACAUGACGGAUGUUAUGGAAAAACACUAUUUAUACAAGAAGCACGAGAAUGCCGCUUUCAAAAAGAAAUUUAUACAAGAAAACCGAAGCUUAAAGCAACAAUGUCGAGAUGGACGUAUUAAAUUACAAAUGGCCUUGCAUGCAACCAAUUCGAAAAAGAUUCGAAAUUACUUAAUGAACUAUAGGGACAUGCAACGUUUAUAUAAUGCAAUGCCCAUUCAUUUAGUUGUGGAUAAUAUAAAUCAGAGAACUUUUGUAUUGAGAAAGGAGAAUGACCGAUUGAAAAACAAAUUAAAUCAAAUUGCAUUGGCUUAUGAGGACAAAUUGAUUGAAAAGGCCAAUCUGGAAAAUCGAAUUAAAUAUCAAAAUGAAUUUAUCCUUAUUGAAGAAAUUCAAUCGAAGCAAAUUCGAAACAAGAUCGAAUGCUCAAAUGUUCGUUUCAAGGCCAUUACAACUCUAAAUGAUGCUUAUAAAAGGAUAAUUCAACUUUUAAUAAACGACGAAAUCUAUUACGAACCUAUCUUGAUGUCACUCCAGAAAGAUAUUGACAAUCAAACGCAGUUUACAAAUUACAUAAUCGAGCUCGGACUGCCAGCAAUUACGAAAUUGCAAGAGAUCACUGAGAAGCAUCGGAAACUGGAGGACAAAGCACGUCGUAAUAUUGCAUCCAAAUUGCAAUGGGUACAGAAUUACAAAAAACGAGCUCAGCAACGUCAUUCUGAUUUGCGAAAGUUACAGGCCAAAGGAGAGGGAAGCGUUAAUUACUUCAAAAGAUACGUUCGAGAGACUCCUAGUAUGUUGGAACUUAAAUGUGAACUAGAGUCAAUUGAGGCAACAAUUAAACGGGUGAAAUUUGCCACAUUGUGUUCCAAGGCCACAGAAGUUUAUCCAAGAAUUAAGAAACAAAUUGAUGAUAAUCAGAGAUUGCACAAGAUCCUGGAUGGUGAUAUGGUUGUGCAUCAGUUUACAGAGAAGAAACUUGAACGGGCUGAUGUGAUGAGAGGAAUAUUGGAGCAUAAUUUAACAAAGGAGGAAACAGAACGAUUGGAAAAAAUUAGGAAUCUUAAGGAACAAAUCAAAGAAGAAAAGACGGUGGAAGAGGAAGCUGUUUCAUAUAUUAAAGAACGUGGAGAUAUAUUUUUGCUGAUAAGAUACGCAUUGUGGAAUUAUAAUGAAAUCUUAAGAUAUAUACUACGUUCAAAUAAAGUGGUUAAAAUAAAGUUUCCAACAUCAAACUUAAAGCUUCCCUUGUUGAAGUUCGAAAAUCUUACUAUGAAGGCUUUUCCUCCAGAUGGUUAUGAAGAAAACAUUGAUACUCUUUUACAAAACUUUAAGAAAAAAGUCAAUGCACUCAUGGCUGUCUAUAAAGACCCAUUAAGCAAGGAAGAAGGAAUAGUCAUGGAAAAAGAGUAUCAUGAAUUGUUCCUAAGUGGGUUGGAUGUUGAAGAUUAUUGUUCUGAUAAAGAAUCAGAUGAUGCUCAUGAUGGGGAAGCCCAAGAACGCAAAUUAAAUCAAAACGUACCAACUCGCAAGCAACUGAAACAAAUCAGCGCCAAAAUGGUAGAGGAACUUUCCAAAAAAGAAGAUUAGCUUUGAUCACAUACUGCGUUAUAUGUGCAUCUUUUUUGAAGAGCAAUAAAUACUUUUUGAUAA